AUGCACCUCCCCUACCUAACCCUCGUCCUCCUCGCAAGCCUCUCCACCGCCUCCGUCCUCCCAGAUAGGAACAUAACAAUCUCCUCCAGACAAGCAGAAAUCUGCGAUACCUGCCAGCCAAAUGCAGCUGGGUAUGUCAUCGACGCCGCCCUGGAAGAAGAGCCCGCCAUAACCCGACAAAAGAAAUGCAAACCGCUCAAUGCGAAGUGCAAAAAGACGAAACAGUGCUGUAUGGGCGUUUGUCGGCGAGCCAUGCUCUUCAAGUAUUGCGUGCGGCCGGAGAGAAAGGGGAAGAAGAAGUUUGAGGUUUGGCAGGGGGGUUCUCUGGAGAGUGACGAUGGCGUUGAUGAUGAGGAAGAGGAUGCAGGGGAUGACACUCAGGUUGAGUGA